UCUAUCACUGUACAUCAUAAAUAUGGCCAAAGUUUUGAGAGAGAAAUGGAAAAUUUGAAGAGAAAAAUAGACAUAGAAAAUUUACGGACUUUGAUGUUUUUUGGACGAUACAAUGACAAUAUGGCUAUAUUUUUCAAAAAUAUAUUCAAAAAAAACAAAAUGCCUUCGUGUUCUAUUUAUGUUUGUAAACUCUAUCAAAUCUUUCCCUUUCAACUUUUCAAAACUGAUUCACCUUCGAUACCUAAAGCUUGAAGUACCUCAUAACUUAGAAAUGUCUUUGCCAGCCACAAUAUGUAGAUUUUAUCACAUGAAGUUUUUGGACCUAGGCCAUGGUAAUUAUAUUUUGCCUGACGACAUUAAUCGUCUAGCCAAUUUACAUUAUUUCCUUGCCAAAAAAGAACUUUGUUCCAAUAUUCGUGGGAUUGGAAAGAUGAAGUAUUUACGGAGGCUGCAAGAAUUCCAUGUUAAGAAAGAGCGCACUGGGUUUGAACUUAGAGAAUUGGGGUAUUUGAAAGAGCUUGGAGGAGCACUACAAAUAAAUAAUCUUGAAAAUAUAGCAACAACGGAAGAAGCAAAUGGUGCUGAAUUGAUGUUGAAAAGGAAUCUAAAGACACUAGAACUAGUUUGGGGUGCAGAGCAGCAGAAUAGUGGAUCUGAGAUUAUUGAAGGUCUUCAGCCACCUUCUAAUCUUAGAGCAUUUGGAAUAAGAAAUCAUGGUGGUUCCACUGGUCCUAGUUGGUUAUGUGAUGAUAUUUGUGUGAAAGGAUUGAGAUCUCUCCAUCUAGAGGGCAUCUCUUGGGGCACUCUUCCACCUUUCGGGCAAUUCAUAUAUCUAGAGGAACUUACUUUGAUCAAUAUUGCUGGCAUUCGUCAGUUCGGACCAGAUUUUGGUGGUGUUACACAGAGGAGUUUCUUACACCUGAAGAAAGUUAGAUUUGUUGCCAUGCCAGAACUUGUGGAGUGGGUUGGGGGAGCUCAUUGCCAUUUGUUUUCAAAGCUUGCAAGCAUUGAGUGUGAAGAGUGUCCCAAUCUCUCUAUGCUACUACCACCAUCCUCUGAGCGCUGUAUCUCUCAUGCACAAGAUAUAAAUAUCACUUGUUUUCCCAACCUAUGUUCUCUUAAUAUCCGAAAUUGCCCCAAGUUAUCACUGCCCCCCAUGCCUCAUACUUCCACUCUAACGCAUAUUAUUGUGGAAGGAGAUUAUCAAGAAGUGUUGCAUUUGGAAGAAAAGAUACUGAGUGUAAAUGGUUAUGGUGGUAGUUUGGCCUUCCAUAACCUACAGAAAGUAGAAAACAUGAAAAUUGAAAAGAUGUCACACAUUUCAUGGACCGAUCUCCAGAAGCUGAACUCCCUAUCAAGCCUUACCAUCAUAGGAUGCAAAAGCUUGUUGUGCAGUGAAGUAGACGAAGGUGUUAUCUUCCAUUCAGUUGAGCAGCUCAAUCUCUAUAAGUGUCAUCUUGCCGGAAUAUCCUUGGCAAAGCUAUUAAACUGUUUCCCAGCUCUUACAAAGUUCGAGUUGAACAGGUCCGGUGAAGCUCAAGAGGUUGAGGAAGCAGAACUGCGUUUCCCGUCCCCCAGACUGUUGCGCUAUGUCAAGAUCUUUGGCUACGAGAACCUGGUUCUACCUAUGGAGGUUGGAGGGAGUUUCCAGGAUUUCUCCUCACUCCAAGAACUCGAAUUUUGGCGUUGCGGCAAGAUUUUCGCUUCGUGGUUCAUGGUAGAGGCAGGAACUCAUCACACUAGCAAGCCCUUCCUGGCUCCCCUUAAGGAACUCACUAUUUACAGCGAGUCAAGCGUGCAGUCGAUGGCUGUGCUCUCAAGCCUCACAUCUCUCACUCGUCUGCGACUAGUAGACUGUGAUAACUUAACAGUGGUUGGGUUCGAUCCUGUCAUGACAGGCAGCCUCAGUGAAUUGGUGAUUUAUAAUAAGCCAGAUAUAGACGAUAAUAAUCAUCGCUGCUCCGUAGCAGCACAUUUGUUCGCAGCGGUGUCAACGACGAAGGCAAUACCUGUUGGUUCAUUCCAACAGCUUAAGAAGCUUGAGGUGGACAGCAUCUCAGCGGUGUUUGUUGCCCCCAUUUGCAGCCUCCUCGCUUCCACCCUCUACAGGUUGAGGUUCACUUAUGAUUUGUGGAUGAAAAAUUUCACAAAAGAGCAGGAGCAGGCACUUCAGCUCCUCACCUCCCUCCGAAAUCUAGAAUUCUAUGAGUGCCACCGUCUGCAGUCCCUUCCCGAAGGGUUGCAUCUCCUUUCUUCUAUCUGCACAUUAGGCAUCGUCGGAUGUCCUGAAAUCAGAUCGUUGCCCGAGGAGGGCAUCCCAGCUUCACUGAAAAAACUACUAGCAAUGCGUUGCAGCGUCGACCUGAAGGAUCAACUCAAGAGAUUAGAAGAAUCAAACCAAGAUUUACAAGUAUUCUACAUCUGAUCACCCAAGGUAAGACGUGAUGUCCCAACUCCUUUGUUUUUUACUCUUUCAUCUGCAGUUGUUCAUAUUUAAACUCUUUUUUACCUGUUCGUUGUUACUGUUGAUCAUCUAGCGAGCCACCACUACUCUCUUUUGAACAAUGAAGUGCAGAUACACAUUCUAAAGUCAUUUGAACAAUGAUAAAAAAUCAAAUCCGAUGGGAAAAAACAAGAAAUUGCUAGAACAUGUUGGACAAUCGCCAUCUUUUCUUACUGUGCGCAACAAGCCUAACCUUGGCAUUAUGGAAACUUUGCAGUAACUUUGCAGUAAUUAGAUCGUGGAUGUUCUGUACGUUGCUUUAUUGGGAGUGAUGACCAAACCAUUUGCCACACAUAGCUUGUUUUUUUCAAGAGAAUUACAGUUUUGAUUAAGGAGCAACACCCAAAUGAUUGUGGAGCUAACCUCGUUUGUCUCUAUUUCAUCAUAUGUUAUGUUACAGUUUUGAUUAAGCAGUAUUAGAUUUAGAUGAGAGCAACUGUAAUUGUUUAUGGUUCUGGUAACACAGUUUCAUGGUCAUUAGUAGGAGAAUUCUUUGACCUUAUUAACUUGUUCCCUUUCAGCAAAGCAUUGUGGAAUGGUGUUUUUUUUAGCCUAUUCAGAACCAGUUUUUUACAUAAUGGAAGCUUUAUUAAUCUCAGUAAAUUUCAUCAAGUGAUACAAUUAUUCUGAGAGCACAUUCGGCUUCUGCACCAAAGAGUACACACAGCCAACAAGAAAGAAACAAAAGAUAAACUCAUCAUCCAAAAUAGCAGAAACAAAAAGAACUUUAGGAGCCCGCUAACCGUAGCCUAGAACGUCACCCAUGUGCUGGGGUAGAAAACUACUAUAUGGCCACUAACUCUAAUUGUUGACAAACCGCAAUGAUAGUACCCUGCAAAUUGACCUUCUGAAGGAUAGCCUAUGAGCGGAGCCAAUGUGUAAUCAAAAAGAUAACCUGCAAAGGAGAAGAUAUGUUUUUUCCUUUCAAAAACCACAUUAUUUCUGAAAAGCCAAAUAGACCAAAUAGUGGUAGUUGCACCUAAUAAGACCAAAGAUCUCAAAUUGCGUGAUUGUCUUCUUAUCCAAUGCCCAAACAUAUGAGUUGUACUAUUAGAUAAAACUAAUAUUCGAAGCAAACUGAAUUAAAGACCAAACCGCGCGGGCAAAAUAACAAUCAAAGAACAAAUGAUUAAUAGUUUCAUCUUUGUGGCAGAAAGAACUAGACUUGUUUCCUCUCCAAUUCCUUUUAAUCAGAUUAUCUUUUGUUAAGAUUACUCCAUGGCGUAAGUUGUCACGCCCGAAAAUUCACUAGUAAUUUCCGAACUUAUUUGUGCAUAAAAUCCUCGUCCAGGAAUCAGCCGAGGUACACAAACUAACAAUUUAAUAUACAGAUUCAUCAAAAUAUCUA